AUCGCUCACGCAGCACCUCCAGGCGCACACGGUAUUUUGUUUUCCAUGCCAUCAUCCAGCGCUCGCUCACCGCAGACUACCUACGGCCCGACGCACGUACAGGCCCCGGCUACAGUCAUUCCGCACCGGCAGCCGAUGAGUGAAUAAUAUGAGACAGCGAGAGGGGAACAACAGCGACCAUGCCCUUAGACAGCGCACAGCCAGCCCCGGGGGUAGUUGACACGCGUCCAACGCGCGCGACGGGCUUUCCCCUCUCUUCUUUGCGUCACCCAGCCCCCCCCCACACACACACCUCCCACCGCCGCCACCACCGCCACCCCCAUCCUCUCCAAGCCCGCAGCAGCAGCGGCAGCGUUGGGGCUGAUCUCGCCAGCCAGAGACAGACUCCAAGCGGACGGCCCCGCCCAUCGGAGCCACUGUGACUUGACAUGACUUUUGGGCGAGCAGUUAAAAGCGCGCGGCGUCGGGGUUCACGGCUAAAGCGCAGGAGUAGCUCGCAGCUCGGAGCUCCGUGAGAAGUGAGUAGCUCGCAGCUCGGAGCUCCGUGAGAAGUGAGUAGCUCGCAGCUCGGAGCUCCGUGAGAAGUGAGUAGCUCGCAGCUCGGAGCUCCGUGAGAAGUGAGUAGCUCGCAGCUCGGAGCUCCGUGAGAAGUGAGUAGCUCGCAGCUCGGAGCUCCGUGAGAAGUGAGUAGCUCGCAGCUCGGAGCUCCGUGAGAAGUGAGUAGCUCGCAGCUCGGAGCUCCGUGAGAAGUGAGUAGCUCGCAGCUCUUAGAGCCCACGGCGACACGGCGCUCACAGAGGCAGCAGAAUCUAUCUCGGAAGGGGCAAGUUAAGAGAAACUUUGCUGCGCGACUUAGGGCUUGGUUGUCACAUUACUUCGUCUUGAACAACUAAUACAACAACAAAACUUCGCGCGUUUUGUUGUUUUUUGGUCCAAGCUGCCGUAAUACCUUGUAGCUCCUCAAUUUAGUUUUGGUUCCGAUUGCUGCUGCUGCUGUUGUCGCCAAUAGUUAUAUUUAUUAAUUCGCACGCGCGCAACAACAAAUUAGGCAGAGGGGUUAUUUGCAAGCGCUGAAGUCGUGCAAACCGCGCGUGUGCCAUUGCCGCGUAUCGCACAGAGUCUCAAGGAGCACGGUGCUCGGCAGACAGGCAGACAGACGUCGUGCGGUGCCUCCAGACUUCCUCCAUCUCCACGUUGCGCUGCGUGAUGCAGACCGCUCCGCUGGCCAUCAUGACGGUGCUGGCCCUGCUCAUGCUGCUCACGACGAAUUCGGUAGUGAGCGCCGCAACGCCGGCCAGGGACUUGCGAAACGCGUCUCUGAGCGCCACCUCGGGAGGCUGUUGGACGUGCGGUCCUCAUGAACAGCAGCAGCAGCAACAGCAGCAACAGCAACAGCACGCGGGUGCCGACACGUCCCUGCUGACCGAGGCGGUCAAGAGACACAUCCUUGCUCGACUCCAGAUGCGAGAGCGGCCCAACAUCACGCAGCCCGUUCCACGGGCCACCAUGCUCAAUGCGCUACGCCGUCUGCAGGCUGGAGGGCAGCAUCAUCAGCAGCAGCAGCAUCAGCAUCGUCAGCACCAGGCGACGCGAGGGAGCGACCCCAGCGAGCAGAGCUCUGAGAUUAUUAGCUUCGCAGAGUCAGAUGGCGACUCUCCGUCGGAGCUGCAAUUCCACCUGGCGAGCGAGAUGGGCCGCCGCCUCCACGUGACCAACGCCGUGCUGUGGCUGCACCUGCGGCUGUCCGAGCCGAGGCGCCGAGUAUCGGUGACGCUCGGCCUCAUGCAUCGCGGCGCCCUUCUGGGCAGCUGGGUGCCGCUGGAGAAGCGCUUGACGCUGCACCGCAGCAGCUGGCACCGUCUGCCGGUGACGGAAGCCGUGCAGGCGGCGCUGGACGGGGGCCUGCGGCGAGUUUCCCUGCGAGUGUCGUGCCCCGAGUGCGUGACGGCGGGCGUCGUUCCCGCGCUCCCGGACGGCGCCAACGACGCACAGAGGCCCUUCCUGGUGAUGAAGGCUCGGGAGGUGCGCAACAAGCGCCAGCUGCACAAGCGUGGCCUCGAGUGCGACGGCAGGACGUCGCUUUGCUGCCGCAAGCAGUUCUACAUCGACUUCCGCAGCAUCGGUUGGAACGACUGGAUUAUCGCGCCGCCCGGCUACUACGGGAACUUCUGCGAAGGGCAGUGCCCGGCAUACAUGGCGGGGACCCUGGGAACGGCGGCUUCGUUCCACAGCGCUGUCAUCAGCCGUUUGCGCGAUGCCAACCAGGUCAAUUCAGUGACCUCCUGUUGUAUCCCGACCCGCUUGAGUGCGAUGUCCAUGCUCUACUUCGACGAAGACCAGAACAUUGUGAAGAAGGACGUGCCCAACAUGAUUGUAGAAGAGUGCGGCUGUGUCUGACCCUUCUCUCCUGCGAGUCGCGACAAACAUAAACCCCUUUGUCCAGUGGGCUAUCCAUAAACAGAGUUGGAGGAAGGUGGGCGGAGUCGUAGAGGCAGUUGUGCAUCCCCUCUGAUUUACGUUGUGUCUCCCUAUUUGCCCGUCUACGUGGGAAACACCUCGUGUUCAUGGUAUUGCGAUGGUGCUGAGCACCAUAUGGAAGUGGCAUAUGCUGGGCCUGUUUCAUAAUAUCUGGAUACGCCACUGACUAUAACUCAUGUCCACUCCAUAGUCAACCCCUCUCCCUGCAAACUAGCCCUGCUGACCACAGACGUCCUAUGUUACUCCAUCAAGGCGCUGCACGUUGACACUUGCAAGGUCCCAAUGCAUUCGACUUUUACUUAUUUAUAUUCAGCACUGUUGCCUGUAAAUGCUCUUCAACUGGACAGCGCUGUCCGCUUCCCUAUGUGCAGAUGCACUUAUUUUUGCCGCACGACUGUACUGUGCCGUACGUGUAAGCGCGUCUUUCCGUUCCGGAGCAAUGCUGCCAAAAGAUGCGGGUUGUCAUGGAGGUUGUAUGCGUCGGUGGGAUGGAUGGAAAGUGAUGGUUGUGACUUGGGUGGCUUUUAUGGAAUUAAUAAUUCGGUGGGCGAUGGAGGAGUGGAAAUGGUGACUAACGAAAAUCAAAAUAUGUUGGAAAAGGACAGACAAAAUGUGACGGAUGAGGUGAAUGGGUUCAUGAAUUGGGGCUUUGAAAUCUGGCUCGGACUGAAAAGACCACCCCACCAUUACUGCCGAACGUGUCACUCGUGCACUUAAAAAGAAAUCCGAAAAAGGUCUGAACUCUCGGUGAGGUAUUAGUGCUGUGGAGACCUGCCGUCUAAACCAUGUUAUAAGAGAUUAUUGCUGUAUGUAUGUAAUUAUUUUAUAUACAACAUGGAAAAUACUUGAAAUGGUCUUUUGCUUGAAUGCAAGUGAAAAGAUUGUACCUUAUUGUAACGUUAAACGUUUGUGAUUUGCACUCAUGGCUUUGACGAUGACGGUCACUAUAUAUAAGCUGCCAAAUGUUUUAGGUUUUUUUUGUCUUUAAUAAUGUUUUAAAAAGUGGUAUUUGAGAUUAUUGCACAUUCUAUUAAGUUAUGAGUGAAAGGACACCAAAGGAACGGAUUGAAGCCUCGUGUCUAGAGGACCGUGCGGGUGAAUUCGGAGGAAAUGUGCCGCGUCGGCGAGAUUCCUCUCUCCAGCGAGGCGGUGAGCCUAGAACCACUUAGUUCGCUUUGUUUCGAAGCCCUUUCAUACUAAACAGCACCAUAUGCCUCCAUGGAUAACCACAACACAUUACAUACAGUAUUUUGUUCUUUAAUUUAUACAUGCAUAGUCCUGUACGGAUCGCCAGUAUCAUUAACUUGUAGUUGUAAGAAUGGUAAUCAUAAUACAGUAAUAAUGAUGCUAUUAAUAAACCAGAUCAGUGCUCCUGAUGUACAAAACAC